AUGGACUCGUUAGGUCAUCUUAUCAAGGCGGUCACUAAACAGAAACAGAACAAAAUUUUCUUAGAAAGAAAUGGAAAGAAAAAAGUAGAAAGAAAAUCAAGAUCGCAUGUCAUAAUGAAAACCUGUCGUAGAAGUUUCAAUCAAAAAG